UGUUCAGAACUUCAAGGCAGCUCCUGUACUGCUGAAGUCAAAUGCACAUCAGACGGUGGCAGGAAGAAGGACUUAAGUAUGAUGGAAUUUGUAACAGGAAACUUCUGGACGCUGUGCUUGCUUGUGCUGCUGACACUAGUCGUGUUGCCUUCAGUAUUUGGAAUAUCUCUGGGGAUUUCAGAAGCAUAUGUGAAGAUUUUGACAAGAAUUAUACAGUGGACAACAAAACAGAUUCAGGAUGAACUACAAAAGAAGCGGACGUUAACCAAACACUACUCUCCUACUGGUAUCAUACACAGAGGCGAAAUCACUAUGAAGGAGGCAAUUGCAAGCCAGAGGCGAGAGGGAUUUGAGUUUUCUGAUGUCUUUUAUUUUUCCAAGAAGGGACUUGAAGCCAUCGUUGAAGAUGAAGUCACCCAAAGAUUUACCUCAGAAGAGCCCAUCUCUUGGAACCUGCUCACCAGAACCAGCAUAAAUUACCAAUACCUCAAUCUGAAGCUGACCUUAGUAUGGUUUCUUGGGUUUCUGUUUCGCUAUCUUUUCCUUGUGCCUUUUCGGUGA